AUGCCACCUCGGAGCAACUCAUCAUCAGCUGCAGCCAACGGACCCAAGAAGCGUUCUCGUACAGGAUGUCAUGGAUGUAAGAACAGAAAAGUCAAAUGUGACGAGGCAAAGCCACGAUGCACCAAUUGUGUAAAACAGAAUGAAGAGUGUGAUUACUCCCUGAAGCUACAAUGGGGAGGUCGCAGCAAGAAAGAGCAAAAUGCAUAUUCCGCAAUGUCGGACGCAGCAUCUGGUUUCUCUACCAUCAGUUUUGCUACACCUAGUGCUCCGCCGACUGCGGCUCCUUCACCUUCAGCUCAAAUGCUACCGAUGGUGGAGCUUCAGAAUACCACACAAGAGACUUUGUUCAGAGAGAGCGGUAGCAGUACCAAUGCUCAAGCAGUACCAUCUGAUCAUAACUCUGGAUACAACCCUGGUAUGGGUGCAAGUCGGCCAUCAGCUUAUCCGGAGCCCACCGGCUCUUACUCCUCUUUACCCCAAUUUGCUUUGCCGAAUCCAUAUCCCAUGAAUCCUCCAACAACAGGACAAUACUAUCGAAGUCCGAGUCUUACUCGCCCACCUUCGCCUUACGAGUUCGGAUGGUCGAACGAAGAUAGGACCAAAAGGGCUAGACUCGAUUCUGGCGACGGCCCGCCACGAAGCCUUCCACCUCUUUUUGCUCGACAAGGACUGCCUGAGCCACAUGGCUCACCUUUCUCACCUUAUGAUCAAGCAUCUCCUGGGGCAACUGCGUAUCAGUCUGCACCGUCGCCUCUUACUCCUGGCCCAUCAAGUGCUCAUCCGUCACCAGGACUGAGAAGACUUUCCGUAAACUAUCUGCUCUCAGGACCAGCUGGAGAUCAUGCAAGUCCACGAUCAUCGUACGAUCGCUUUGGUGGCUAUCGAAGGAUUGAGGAUGGUUGCACAAUCUAUGGUUAUGACCAUGGGCUGCCCGAUCUGGACAUACCCAGAAACGACGACAAUGGAGCCAUCAACCCACAAACACCUGCAGCAUCGAUGGCAUCGCCUAGUACACUUUCUGACAUUGCAUGGUCACCAUCACAACUCUUCGAGUCACCAGUCGAGAAGCCUGCGUUUGAGAAAGGCGGUUACUAUGCUCGCCCUGUGCCAAUAAGGAUACCUUUGGAGCUUGAGCCUUUGCCUGCGCAACUCUCGGAAAGUCCUAUGAAUUUGAUCUACUUUCACCAUUUCUUGAACCAUACUGCUCGCAUUUUGGUACCUCACGACUGCCCCGAUAAUCCAUUAAAGACCACUCUCCCACGCAUUGCUGUACGGAACGCAAAUUUACUAAAUCUACUCCUCGCAUAUUCAGCAUCCCACAGAGCACGCCUCCUCUCCCACCCCGAACCAGCCAACCGCGUCGCAACAUGGCUCCGCGAUGUAUUUCCCGACCUACGGCGCUCACUUUCCUCCAACGAACCAGUCUCCAACGCCACCUUGACCACAGCAAUCAUGCUAGCCUCCCGCGAAUGCAUAAACCCAAACAGUCUAGACGUCUCCAUACCCUGGCAAACCCAUCUUGAAAUCGCACGACAAAUCAUCAUUUCUCGUGGUGGACUAAAAGAUCAAGGCGAUACUGGGGACUCGUUUGUCAACUUUCUGGCCAGAUGGUUUGCGUAUCUUGAUGUUAUUGGGUCGCUUUCUGGACAUAGGAAUCAGGCGCCACUGGAUGAUGAAUACAUGUCUUUUGAUGCUGGGAAUCAGUCAGACGCGUAUGGAUUUACGAUUGACUGUUUCUUUGGCUUUACGAAUUGUUGCAUCAGUUUGUUGGCGAGGGUGGCGAGAUUGGCGAGGCAGUGUGGUGCUCAGAGGAUUGACGGGCAAGGUAGUAUCGACGCGAAUUGGACAGCAUCGAAGGAAGUACUUCAAGAAGCGGAGGGGUUGAAGAGAGAGUUGUCGCAUAGUAGGCAUCAUGUCCAAAGAGGAUGUCGACAUAGCAGAGACGAAGACGAACAAACCAGCGAGAGAACGAGAUUGGAGUUGCAAGAGAUGGUAUCGGUGAAUGAGUCCUUCCAUCUUGCUGGUUUGAUCCAUCUGCACCGCCGUGUGUUUGGCAAGGCAUCAACGGAUCCUGAGGUUCAAGAUUCUGUCAAGCUUGUUCUUCAGGCACUGAAGGGAGUUCGAAGAGGAGGUACGGCAGAGUCAAGUUUGCUGUUUCCGAUGUUCACCGCUGGAUGCGAAGCUCAAGACGUUGAGGACAGAGAUGUGAUCUUGGAGAGAUUGAAGUUGGUAGAGGGUCUUGGAAUGACUUAUGGCUAA